AUGAUUUUCUUGUCAUUGCUUCUAUACUGCACCUUUGCACUAGCCAAUCUCGCUCGGUUUGACAGUAAUCAACAUUCACAAGUAUGUGCUGGAGUUUAUUCAAAAAAGGAUUGGGGUGGGUCGAUAAAGCCUCACAUUGGGUUAUCUUUAAAACAAUACCAGGAUCAUAAAUACAACUCCAAAAAUAAAGAUGCCAAAUUUGAUGAUAUAAAUGUAAGUUAUAUUAUUUUUGAGUACAAGGAUCUUGUCAAUAUUGGAGUUUAUCUUGGUGAAGAAGGAUAUAAAUUUAUUUGUGAUGAGUAUGCUGUUGAUGAGUUGCACGUUUGUUCAAAAGAUCAAUUGGGUCAAUUUAUCGUCAAUUCCAAUUCGACAAAUUCAACAAUUUUAACUUCACAAUUGCAUCAAUUGGGUAAUGCCAAUAUAAAUUAUCCAAUAAAUCAAACUGGGUAUUAUUGUAUCUCGACGUUUUCUCCACUGGGAAAUAACAUCAAGUACAGAGGCACAAUUAAUUUCCAAAAUGCAUUUGGCCAAUUAAAUGCUAGUGAAAUACCGAAAUUGCCAGCAUAUGGAAUCUUAACCUUGUGUUAUGCAAUUGCGUUGGCAUUGUUUGGUUUUCAAUUUUUCAAAAAGAGGAAACAGAAUCAAAUCUUGCCGUUGCAACGAUACUUGUUGGCAAUGUUGGGAUUCUUAACAUUUGAUACAUUGGUGAUUUGGUCGUAUUAUGAUUAUGUCAAUCGUGUUUCAAAUCCAUCAAAUGGAUUUGGAAUUUUUUACAUGAUAUUUAUGGCCAUUUUGAACUCAGUCAAGAUUACAUUUUCAUUUUUCCUUUUGCUUUGUAUUGCCUUGGGGUAUGGUGUUGUUAAAUUGAAAUUGAACAAAAGAACUAUGCUUUAUUGCAAGAUUCUUGCUGGUUUUAAUUUCGCUUCUUCAUUGACGUAUUUGAUAUUCAAUUAUGUCAGUGGGUCAUCAACAGCGUUGGUUAAUAGUGAUAGUAUCGAUAAUGGCGAUGCGGGAAACUUUUUGGGAUUAUUGCCAUUGAUUCCAAUAUCGAUUGUAUUGUCGAUUUACUAUGUCACCAUAUUAACAUCAUUGCGUAAAACCACCCAAUCAUUACACCAACAACGUCAAAUCAUCAAGCUUCAAUUGUAUCAAAACUUGUUCAAGAUUGUCUUUGCUGCAAUCAUAAUCACAUUCCUUGGGUUAACACUAAGUUCGUUCAUCUACUUGUCAAUGUCAACUACAGAAAUGUUUGAACAACACUGGAAGAGCUCGUUCUUUAUUUUUGAUUUCUGGCCAAGUGUCGUGUUUUUCAUGGUGUUUAUGAUUAUUGCAUGGUUAUGGCGUCCAACCGAAACCAGUUAUAUGUUGGCAGUAUCACAGCAAUUGUCAACUGGUGGUGGUGAUGAAGAUGAUCCAAACUUUGAUCCUGAAAACCCCAACUAUCAAGGUCCAGGAGGAAACGAAUUUGAAUUGGAUGAUUUGUCUUUGAUGAGCCACGAUGAUGAUGAUAAUGAUGAUGAUAACGACAACGAUGACGAUUUGGAUGCCAGUAGAAAUGCCAGAAGAAAUGUUGAUAGAGAUAGUUUUGAAAUUGAUGAGGGACAUCAACUGCUGCCAAAAGCCAAGAAAUCGGCGGAUCAGUCAUCUUUGUCAACGGCUGCACCACCACCGGGUUAUGAAGAAGUUGAUCAUAGAAAUAGUCAUGAUGAUGGUGCAACCCUAUUUGAUUUGGGGGAAGAAGAGGAUGACGAUGAUGAUGAUGAUGAGAAUGCUGGACAGGAUGACCGUUUAAAGAAGAAAGAUUAG